CUACUUUUUUAUUUGCCCAGUAGGUGGCGCACAAUGCCAACAAGGAGCGAUCUGUGCUGGUUGAUUCCUCCCCCUUUUUUCCUCCCUCUUUGGAAGCCGCGCAUUGACAUGGGCCUAACGAUUCUCGGAUCGUCAUUAUUUGUAACCAUAGAGCAUGAAUUGCCUCUUGAGGUCAUCAGUGAGAAUUUACGACUGGUCAACAAAAGCACGUGAUUCCCAAACGCACCCCCACCCCACCCCCAUAUUUGGCCGCAUACAUAGCAAAAACGAAGUACAGUGCAUCGCUAUAAUUCAUUAAUACAUCAUAAAUCCUCAAGCACAGGGGUUAUAACGACCACGAGCCCCACAAAUCAAGCCCUCCAAAAUACAAACCCAAAUGAGUUCUUACUUUGUAAACUCGUUCUCAGGACGCUAUCCUAAUGCCCCAGACUAUCAGCUGUUAAAUUAUGGGGCCGGCAGUUCCAUGAACGGAUCUUAUAGAGAUCCAGGCAACAUGCACGCCGGCUCUUACGGGGGAUACAACUACAAUGGAAUGGAUCUGAGCAUCAGCCGAUCAUCCUCCUCCUCCAGCCACUUUGGAGCGGUUGGGGAGAGCUCUCGCGCCUUCCCUGCCCAAGCAGCGCCCGAAAGCAGGUUCAGACAGGCGUCCAGCUGCUCCUUGUCUUCUCCCGAAUCCCUUCCCUGCACCAGCAGCUCCAGCAGCACCAGCACCACCAGCAGCGGCGGCGGCGGCGGCAGCAGUGGCGGCGGUGGCGGCGGUGGCGGCGGUGGCGAAAGCCAUGGAGGCAAGGCAGCCGGGUCUUCCCCUGCAGACCAGGCAGCCUCUGUCGGCGCGGCCAGCGCCACCGCGUUUGCCGAGAUAGACGAGACCAGCGCGUCCUCGGGGCCCGAAGAGAGCGGCUCCCAAGUCAACAGCAACGGCGCCCGAGCUCAGGCGGAGCCGAUCGCCACCUCCACGCCGGCCACGGAAGGACAAAGCCCGCAGAUAUUCCCCUGGAUGCGAAAGCUUCACAUUAGCCACGAUAUGACCGGACCGGAUGGCAAACGAGCCCGAACGGCGUAUACUCGCUACCAGACCUUGGAGCUGGAGAAGGAGUUUCACUUUAACCGCUACCUCACCCGCAGAAGGCGAAUAGAAAUAGCCCACGCUUUGUGUCUCUCCGAAAGACAGAUAAAAAUCUGGUUCCAAAACAGGCGAAUGAAGUGGAAGAAAGAUAACAAACUCAAAAGUAUGAGCUUAGCAUCUGGUGGUAGUGCUUUUCAGCCAUAAAUUAUAUCAAGGAGGAAUAUUAAGAAAUAGGAAAGAGGGGGCAGGAAGUAAGAAAGUUUAAAACAAGCAAGCAAACGAAAAGCAACAGCCAGAUUUUUUUUGUUAAGUUUGGAGUACUGUAAAGUGAAGCACUUUCCAUUCAGCAUGCUGUUGAUUUUUUAAUUAUUAUUAUUAUUAUUAAUAAUAAUAAUAAUAAACAAUUUCAUGGGUACUAUUAUUCCAGGAUUGUGUCUUUUGCUGCAAUCACCCCCUUUAAAUUAAAAUAUAAAGUCCAGAGGCUUCUUUGAUGCUUUAGAUGUUCUAAAUGUUUGUGUCCGUGCUAUAAUGAUGCUUUCUGGAAGAAGUUAGCAUGUCCUUUUCUUUUCUCUUUUCUUUUCUUUCUUUUAAUGUGCUUUUUAAAUGUUAUAACUUAUUUAUAAGCCAGUAUGGGGAAGGAAAGAUGGGUUCUUAAAAGUUCACAACUUUGUGAGGAACCCUACCUCUUUUCCUUCUACUCACGUUGGGGGGCUCCUGCAGUUCAGUAGCAGGAAAAAAAAAAGAAAAGAAAAGAAAGAAAAUUAAAAACCAUCAACCACAACAAACCUUUUUUUUUUUUUAUAAAAAAAAAGAAACCCAGUAUAUCUCUCUAUAUAAGCUCAUGUAUCUGUCUUUGAAAUUGUCAAGUCUGUGAUUUGAUUCCUGGCCUUGUUUUUAUCCCAGGCCAGUUCUGCAACUUUCCUUCUUUCUUUUUUAAAUAAAUGUGAGUGAAGUUCACUUUAAAAGGGUAUAUGAUUGGACCAACCAUAGUAUGUUUAAAAUGUUUGUAAAUACUAGAAAUAUUUCUACAGUGACUAAUAGGAAGUUUUAGUGGGCAGGGUGAAUUCAGUGUUUCUGUGUGUCUGAAAUGGCAUUUGUCAUGUCUAGCUGCCUGUUCUCAUCCUUGCCAAGACGCUGUUCGUAUUGGUUUGUAGCCUUAACUUGAAGUCAAAUAAACGUUUCUCCUGGCCAGAAAAA